AUGCCUUCUAAAAAGAAGCAGCCUUACCCACCUCUCUUGAUCGUGCCUUCUGUCGGCAGCGACCGUACUCAUACGGUGAUAGUGCUGCACGGCCGAGGAAGCAAUGCCAACUGCUUCGGGCCUGAAUUUCUGAAGUCUGCCAAUCUGCCCGCCCAGCUUCCAAUGGUAAAAUUCAUCUUUCCCACCGCCAGCAAAUGGCGCUCAACAUUAUUCAAGAAAAUGCCAAUCAAUCAAUGGUUUGAUAUCUUUUCACUUGAGGAGCCUGGGGAGAGAGCUGAUCUGCAGAUUGAUGGGUUGUGUGAGACAGGGCAGUUUUUGAGAAGAUUGAUUGAGAGUGAGGCAAGCCUUCUGGGUGAAGAUGGGCAUCGAAAAAUCGUUUUGGGGGGAUUGAGUCAGGGCUGUGCGGCGGGGAUAUUUACUUUACUUGGUGGUGGCUUUGGAUCUCAUGGUGAUCAAGCUCUUGGUGCGUUUUUCGGCAUGAGUGGAUGGUUGCUGUUUGAGAAGCAUGUUCGAGCUAUCUUCAGCUCUGCUCCUUGUGGUGAUGAAGAUGAUGAAGCUUUCUCUGCCUCUGGAAGUUUUGGUGGUUUUGAACGCGAGGGUGGUGAAGUCGAAUCACCGCCGACUCACCAAGCCUUGAAUUACAUCCGCGACAUUCUCGACCUCCCACCUUUAUCAGAGUCCCCAGGAGAAGGACUUGAACCAACGCCUCCAGAGGCCUCCCUACGCCAUCUCCAAACUCCAAUCUUCCUUGGCCAUGGUUCCGCCGAUCCAAAAAUCUCGGUCCGCCACGGAGAAAGAAUGUCCAAUUUCCUGUCAGAACAUGUGCGCAUGGAUGUUACAUGGAAGGUAUAUCCAGAAUUUGGGCACUGGUAUAAGAUUCCGGACGAGAUUGAUAAUAUUCUCCUUUUUUUGAAAGAGAAGGUCGACCGUGGUCUUGGUUCUUAA